CCUACCUACCUAAGCUUAAGCUUCAACGUUUCUAUCGUGGCUUUUUUUUUUUUUUAAACUUCGCCGUUUCUCACCUCGCUCGCCACAGAUCCAAAAUUCCUUACCUAAAUCUCAACCUCGCCAUUUUGUCAUAUCACUCGUCGUACUAGCUACGUUACAUACCUACUUAGGCGAAUAAUCAAAAAGAGUCUUCAUAAAAAAAAUAGAAGCAACGAAAAAGAAAAUGGCAAUGGCAUUCCGCGCCCUGCGCCGCUGCCCCGGCGCCUUCUCCUCCUCUUAUUCCUUUUCUUCCCCCGCCGCUGCUAGGCUAGUCAGUGCGAGGUCCUUCCACGCCACGCCGCGCGCGCUGGUCAAAGUAGGCGACGCGGUGCCGGACCUGGAGGUGCUGCAGGAGGACUCGCCGGGCAACAAGGUGAACCUGGCGGCCGAGUUCGCCAAGAGCGCGGGCGGCGCCGGCGUCGUCGUCGGCGUGCCUGCUGCUUUCUCCGGCGCGUGCAGCCAGACGCAUGUCCCUGGGUACAUCAACCACCCCGGGCUGAAGAAGGCGGGGAGUGUGUUUGUUGUCAGUGUUAAUGAUGCUUUUGUCAUGAAGGCGUGGGCCGACCAACUCGACCCUGCGCGCGAAUCCGGGAUCCGCUUCCUAGCCGACCCCACCGGCGAGUUCACCAAGGCCCUGGAGCUGGACUUUGACCUGCCGGCCGUAUUCGGCAAUACCAGGGGCAAGCGCUACGCCCUCGUAAUCGAGAACGGCAAGGUCAAAUCCGUGCAUGUCGAGCCUGACAACACCGGAACCAAUGUCUCUCUUGCUGAGAAGGUUCUGGGUUAAAGCUGUAGUAUGGCAAUUCUGUAGUAAAGGCAUGAUGGUUUAAAAAGGCGGGAAAGGACUCCAGUGACGAGAGGGAUACGAGAGAUGAAGUGAUGCGUGUACAUACGUGGAUAUGCCUUGUUACGACAUUUCUAGUCUUAAUUCUUGCCCCUAAGGUGAAAAGGAUCGGACUCCUAUCCCUAUCCAACUCCCUAGCUCGUGAUACUAGGAAGCGUGAUAUUCUCUGCAGGAAGAUUCAAGGCGGCUGUAUAAUGUUUGUGGUUUUGGUAAGUCAGACUUAUCGAUGAAUUUACCCCUUUACUAUAGUCUAACAGCAAACAUCGCCCCUUUUUGUCACAGUAAAAGCAUCA